GAGGUGGCGCUCCCCUUUUUGUCCCUACUAGCCAGGAAGCCACCACAACUACUCCACUCCUCAUCCCAGCAUGGAGCGCUUCUUCAACUUCACCUCAUUGUUUCGUUCGUAGUUUUUAUUGACACGUCGCCGUGUGUCUUCUCGCGUGUUCUGUAGCCCUUCGACGUCAUGUUUAGCACCACUGGUUCGCGGGGCCUGUGUGAGUAUUCCUGUCUUGGACACUUAGAUGGCUACACAGCUAGCUCAACAAGGCUCCUCUGUCCAAAGGCCUCCUGCUAGUACUGAGCGGGUUGACGGUGAUGCUCAGCCUGCUGCCACAAUACCAGCACAUGUUUGAGUACAACAUGCAUGCCGUCAGCCACCAGCAACAGGUGUGGCGGUUGCUGUGCGGCCGGCUGGUGUGUCUGGACGUUAAGGACUCCUUUUGCAGCGGCCUUCUAAUAUACAACUUCCGAAUCUUUGAGAGGAGAUUUGGCUCCAGGAAGUUUGCUUCCUUCCUGUUGGGCACUUGGUGUCUCUCUGCACUGCUGGACUUCCUGUCUGCUCAGGCGCUCUCCUUGUUCUUCAACUGCGAGGUGGAGGAGUUGCCCGCAGGGUUGCUGGCCCCAGUCUUUGCCCUUUUUGUGCCUUUCUACUUGUCCAUCCCCAAGGUGCCAGUUACCCAGGUCCUGGGCAGCAUCAACAUCAGCAACAAGACUUUGGUCUACAUAGUCGGGCUGCAGCUGUUCACGUCCAGCCCCUUCAUGUGGCUCCUGGCGCUCAGCGGACUGAUUUCAGGUGGUUUGUACCACUCCAAUGUCCUCUGGCUCCAGAAGCUGCUCUUUGUGCCUGCCUGGCUGUGUGCUGUUGCACGUUACCUCCUGGAGCCCCUCUUCUCCACUUCUCAACCAACCAGUGAGGCGCCUCUGGGGAUGGGCGCCACACUUGACAUCCAGAGGCAACAGCGGAUGGAUCAACUGGAUCAACAACUGUUGCUGGCCCAGUUCAACGAGGCUCGCGCGAACUCCAGACACCAACCACAACGGACUGGGUUGCUCCAGUGGAUCAGGUUGUUCCCCUCCUUGAGACGCAGAAGACAGGCCUCGCCGCAGGCUCAGACACAGCCCUCGGCACCUCCGCCACCAUUAGACAACCCAGUCGUCGAGGAACAGGUUGCCAGGUUGGUGGAAAUGGGCUUCUCCCGGAUGGACGCCCUCGAGGCCCUUCGCGCGUCCAACAACGACAUCAACAUGGCCACCAACUUCCUCCUGCAGCACUGAGACCCCCGAACGUGAGCGCGGGAUGAGCAGCGAACCAAAGCCGUGCAGCUGAAAACAAGAAGGCAGAGAAGAGAUGGUGACAAAGGAAGUAGUGUAUUGUGCUUGUGCAGAUAACCUGAAGGCUGCGCACGGCUGAUCACGCCUCGAACGGAACAGUUCUUACCAAUCGAGGAGGUUUGAAGCACAAAGUGGGAUGUCAUAGUGGACAAAUGUACAAACGGCAAGCCUCACAUUACAACUUAUAUAUAUAUAUAUAUAUAUAACACCCUACAAUGUGAUCCAAAUAGCCUGUAAGAUCUGUCAUUUGUAGAGGGGUCCUUGGUUUACGACAGUCCCGACACACAAGGUUUCGAGGUUAUGGACUGGUCACAAUGAAGUAUUUUUCGCAGCGGCAUAAAAAUACACAGAACCGUCACUGUUUGUGAGGAUUAGGGACCAAGCCCUCCCACGAAUAGCAAAAAUCAGCUAGUAAUUGUCGCACUCCAUAUUUGCCUAUGGAUGUCACAAGAUGGUGGUAAUGCAAUACAUGAAGCUCCUCAACUCAUGUCAACAUAGUUCCUUGGCACCAUGUUACCACUUGAUGGUGGCAAUCCACUACAUGAAGCUCCUCAACUCAUUUCAUCCUAGUUCCUUGGCACCAAAGUGCCACAAGAUGGUGCCAAAGAAAUGCUCAUAUACAGGGUUCAUCUCAACUCACAGGAUUACAAAUAAAUAUUCAUAGUUUACAAAUGAGUUGAUUUGGAAAACAAUCACUGGAAGUGUGAGGACCCUGGUGUGUGUGUGUGUGUGUGUGUGUGUGUGGGCAGGAGUGUUGCAGAAAGAGCAUAAAAAUAUGUGGAUAGGUGUGAAUACUAGUAAAUUUUAAUCACGCAGCACAAGAAGGCGCACUUAGUUACUGCCGUACUUACUGUUUUUCAUUUGGUUGUUUUAUUUUUAAGGACUAGAAGCGUUUUUCCAUCCAAAUGUUACUUGACCUCUGCCAUAGUGUGGGUUAGUUUCAGAAUAGGGCAUGAUCCGACUACAAAUUUUGGUUACAUCGCCACGGUAGAAAUGGACCCCUUUCUACUCCAUUGUAACCAGUGACCCUCAUAACUGUGGUGACCAUAUGCAAAACAUGCCAGAACAGAUCCUCAAGGCAGAAAUUAUAUAUAUAUAUUUUUUAUACAGUUUUCAUCUUACACUGGAAUAAAAGGUGCAUUGUUAACUUGGCAAGGAGAUCGGAUAGUCUUACUCUUAACGCCAAAACAUUUCAAUUUACAGUAUAAAACUAUGGAGCACAUGAGAUGCAUUAGCUUUCUUCUAAUACACGCUGUCCAUAUGUUGUGUCUCUAAAAUGUUGUUGUUUUGUCUUUAACAAGUCAGCAAGUGUGACUGAUUGCAGCAGAUCUUUGCGAGGAUGCAUGCUCAUUGUCUUACAGGUUAGCUGGGUCAUCUCAGGUGAGAUCAUGUGUUCCGUUUAGUCACGGAAUGUUGCUCUUUCGCACCCCCUCACAGAACACAUUAGGUGCACCUGUACAAAAACAUGUCCUCACUAUGUUCUACUGAGAAAAUAUUACAAAUACAGUAGCUCCCACAAUGAUGCAGUGCAAUUUGAAACCAUUGCAAACGACAACCACAAUAAUAUACAAAUUUUGUCCUUUUUUUUUUAAUCAUCACACUUUUCUCUUGCAAAGGCAGCUCUUGUACUCAAAUCUAUUUGCAGCUGUACCUAAUGUUGUGGCCAUUGAGUGCAAAUGCCCUUGAUGUAUUAUAUUUUCCAAUGUUCCCCUAUUUGAAACAUAAACCUUAAAUGUUUAUUUAUUAUGCAGUAAAUACGACAGAGGCUAUAGCACAUACCACAAUGUGUGCGUGUAUACUUAAAAUUUUCGAGAGGCAGCAGUUGUGUAUUGUCAGUGAAGGGUACCAGUUCUGUACUUUGGUACAAAAAUAAUAUUGCUAAUAUGUGACCGCACUUGAGUGGAGCCUGAGGAUUUGUAGUCAAAGUGACAAAAUCAUGUGGAGAUGUUGCUUGGAAUCACAAUGUAACAGAGCCUACUUUUAUUUAUGAAAUAAAUCAACUUGCUGAUUGAACUAUG